AUGAGUACAAUAUCCGAGGAUAUUGAUCUAUUCACACCACUAUUUAAAUAUUUUCGUCGUCUUCCUGAUAUCAAUUGUUUUAAAGAAGCAUAUUCAAUCGGAACUCAUCCAACACUUUUUGAACAUUGUCCGAUAACAGUCACAAUUGAUGUAGAUCCAUCCUUAGGUUUACAACCCAUAACAACAUGGUCUCUUUAUUCAUGUAAAUUUUCUGAUGGCCUCUAUUUUCUUUCAAACCCAUUUACAUCCGUUGGUCAACGCCAAUGGAUAGACCGAUGCAUAACUAUUUAUCCUCGACAAGAUAAAACAAAUCUUGGUGAUAAUAGUAACAAUCAACAUUUAGCUCGUAUACGUUGGGCUACACUUGGUUAUCAUUAUGAUUGGACAAAUAAAAUCUAUAAACAAGACGAUCAUACUAAACUACCGAAUGAACUUGUACAAUUAAGUGAAACAAUUGUAAAAGUUAUUUCUUCUAAUACAAAUUGCCCAAUGAUGCAACCUGAAGCAGCUAUUGUUAAUUAUUAUCAUAUAAAUUCUACUUUAUGUGCACAUACAGAUCAUUCAGAAUAUGAUGCUUUAACCAAACCUCUUAUAUCAUUUUCGUUUGGUAAUUCAGCUGUAUUUCUUAUUGGUGGUCAAACAAAAUCUGAAUGUAAACCGUCGCCAAUACUUCUUCGUACCGGUGAUAUUAUACUUAUGACAGGAGCAAGUCGUCUAUGUUUUCAUGCUAUUCCUCGCAUACUCUCUGAUCCGUUAUUAAAUGAUAUUUUAUAUACUAAUAUGGAUGACAAUGAUAAAGUCUGUUGGAGUUAUAUUCAUGACAAGCGCAUCAAUAUCAAUUUACGACAAGUCUAUACUUAA